AAACUAUAUUUGCAAAACUUUUUAAUUAUAAGAAUAACAUCUGAAUGACCUAAAAUAAAAAGUUUCAUUUGCAUAAAUCAAAUUCACCAAUUUCUCUCUUUUCCAAAAAUAAAAAAUAAAAAAUUGAAUGGCUCAACAUGUUUCACUAGAAGAAUUCUUGGUUAUUGCAAUUGAUGCAGCAAAGAGAGCUGGAGAAAUAAUUUGCAAAGGAUUUUAUGAGACUAAACAUGUGGUGCACAAAGGCCAGGUGGAUUUGGUCACGGAGACAGACAAGGUGUGUGAAGAUCUCAUAUUCAAUCAUCUGAAGCAACAUUUUCCGACUCACAAGUUCAUAGGUGAAGAAACUUCUGCUACUACCGGAGAUUUUGAGCUAACUGACGAACCAACAUGGAUAGUCUCAUUCUUUACGGUAAUACACCUCUCUACUUCUUCAGAGGUAGCGGUAUGGUCUGCAUACAUCUUACCCUCCCCAGACCAUUGGGUUUGUUGUUGUUGUUGUUGUUGUGGGUUUCCUUCUGUCUGUGUCUCGAUUGGUCUCACGAUUGGGAAGAUUCCAACAGUUGGCGUUGUUUAUGACCCAAUCAUCGACGAGCUUUUCACUGGAAUUGACGGGAAAGGGGCAUUUCUCAACGGGAAGCCUAUCAAAGGUAUGUCGCACACAAUGUUGCUCGGACUGUUCAAAAAUAUCAACGGAGUAUCUUCUCAGUCCGAACUUGUGAAGUCCCUCCUCGGCACAGAGGUUGGAACUACGCGGGAUAACUUAACUGUAGAAGCUACAACGAAGAGAAUCAAUAACCUGCUUUUCAAGGUUAGAUCGCUCCGAAUGUGUGGUUCGUGUGCACUUGAUCUCUGUUGGGUAGCAUGUGGAAGGCUUGAACUCUUCUAUUUAAUUGGAUUUGGCGGCCCUUGGGAUGUUGCAGGUGGCGCAGUAAUAGUUAAGGAAGCGGGAGGCAUCCUGUUUGAUCCAUCUGGUUCGGAAUUUGACAUCACAGCCCAAUGUGUAGCUGCGACGAACCCUCAUCUCAAGGAAGCAUUUAUCGAGGCCUUGCAACUAUCCGAAUGAGAAUCAGUUAAGUUCUUUCAUUAUUAGGCCAAAAGAAUUCAAUUCUUGUAUGCAUUGUUACUGAUUUUCUUUUAGUAGCUACUGUUAUCUGGCUAUAUGGUGUGAGAAACUUUCUGUAAACAGCUCAUGUGUGACAUCAAAAAAUGUUUUUUUGUUUUGGUUGAAAAAAGUUAACUUUAGCUUUUGAUCUUGAGUGGUAAAAGGCGCAGCGUGUGAUGUGUGAAUUAGGCGCACAUUAUGGGGUUCGAGCUGUGUCAUAGAGAAAAAGCGUGGUACUAAGUGGAGAAGGGUAGAGAGGCGGACUCACUAUCCACCGAGUUUUAAACCGUGGGCCUUUUUCCUCGGGAUCCUCAACAACAACAACAUACCGAGUGUUACCCUACAAGUGGAGUCUGGGUAGGGUGGUGCAUACGAAAACCUUACACCAACCGUGUGUAGAUAGAGAGGUUGUUUCCGAUACCAAAAGUUGCCCUCGAUAUCAUGGUUGGGUCGAUCAGGCCGGAUCAACAGACAGUGCUCAAGAAAGCAAUUAUGUUUUUAUAAUCAUGGUGUCCCGGCCAGCUUUCGAGUACCUCGAUUAGUUCCAGGGACACCUUCCACCCCCCACCAGCAAUAUGUAAAGACCUAAUGGUACUCAACCCACUAUGUUGACCAAUAGGUGACACCCUUUGGUGCUCAAGAAAGCAAUUAUGUUUUUAUAAUCCUGGUGUCCAGGCCAGCUUUCGAGCACCUCGAUUAGUUCCAGGGAUACCUUCCACCCCCACUAGCAACAUGUAAAGACCUAAUGGUUCUCAAGCCAUUAUGUUGACCAAUAGGUGACACCUUUUGGUGCUCAAGAAAGCAAUUAUGUUUUUAUAAUCGUGGUGUCCAGGCCAGCUUUCGAGCACCUCGAUUAGUUCCAAGGAUACCUUCCACCCCCACCAGCAACAUGUAAAGACCUAAUGGUACUCAACCCACUAUGUUGACCAAUAGGUGACACCCUUUGGUGCCCAAAAAGCAAUUAUGUUUUUAUAAUCGUAUUGUUCGAGCCAUCUUUCACAUACCUUGACUAGUUCUGGGAAUACCUUCCACCCCCACCAGCAACAUGUAAGACCUAAUGGUUCUCAACCCACUAUGUUGACCAAUAGGUGACACCCUUUGGUGCCCAAAAAGCAAUUAAGUUUUUAUAAUCGUGGUGUUCGAGCCAGCUUUCACAUACCUUGACUAGUUCUGGGAAUACCUUCCACCUCCCACCAGCAACAUGUAAAGACCUAAUGAUUCUCAACCCACUAUGUUGACUAAUAGGCCAUACCCUUAGGUUCUCAAGAAAGCAAUUUUGUGUGUUACUUUAGCCCACUAGUUGCCUCCAUGUGACUAGGAGGUCAUAGAUUUAAGCCGCGAAAACAACCUCACGAACUUUUCUUGAUCGAAUCGCAAUUUGAAUCUAUCAGAAUUCAAGACAUAUAGUCAACAUAUGCUAUAUAGUAUUGAUAUUUCUUUCAAAGGCUUGGACUUUAAUUAUCUAGUCUAGUUUUAGUGUCACAGGUUUCCGAUUUGGUUGUCAUUUUCAUAUUGUGAUUUGUGAAUAGCAACAAGAUCCUAGUUGGUAGUGACAUGACAAAAGUUGCAUCUAAUAUUUUAGCAGCAGGACCACGAGACGUGGAAACAACCUCUUGCAGAGUAAGAUUGCGUAUAAUAGACCCUAAUAGUCCGGCUCUUCUAUAGACCCGUGAAACUUGUGAUCCUGCUCUUCCUCAAACCCUGCGCAUAGCAGGAAUAGUGCAACGAGCGCUUGUAUAUGUAUAAGCUUCUUCUCUAAAUUAUGUCAAUUUUUUAUUUUUUUUUUGUGAAUAUAAAAGUUUCUCAUUUAAGAUAGUAUUAAAAGUGACAUUAUGAUUUUGCUUAAAAUUCAUCUUCAAAGAGUAGAUGAAAGGUUAAACUC